AUGUCACUGUUGCUGUUUCUGUUGUCCUUGCUCAUGGGAGGGUCUCAAGGUCAGGACAGAAGAUACUUCCUACAGGUGACGAGAACUGUGAAGGUGCAGGAGGGUCUGUGUAUUGUUGUGCCCUGCUCUUUCUCCACCCCCGGGAACCACUGGGUUGGCACUGUCCCAGCUUAUGGCUACUGGUUCAAAGGCCCCAGAAACCCAGUACCUACAGUUUUUGUUGCCACAAAUGACAAAUAUAAAAAAAUUGAACCAGCAAGCCAGGGGCGAUUCCAGCUCUUGGGGGAUCUUCCAAAAAGGAACUGUUCCUUGAUGAUCAAAGAUGUGCAGUGGAGAGACUCAACAAAUUAUUUCUUCCGGGUGGAGAGAGGAUCUGAGAAGUUCACUUUUCUAGGUGGAUUCUUUCUGCAAGUGGAAGCCCUGACUCACAAGCCAGAUGUCUUCAUUCCUGAGAUCCUGGAACCUGGGCAGCCAGUGACAAUUGUCUGCUUGUUUCACUGGACCUUCGAGCAAUGCCCGGCUCCUUCUUUCUCCUGGAUGGGGGCCGCCAUCUCCUUCCCAGAAACCAGACCACACACCUCCUAUUACUCGGUGCUCAGCUUUACCCCAGGACUUCAGCACCAUGAUACUGAACUCACAUGUCAGGUGGCCUUCUCUAAAAAGAGCACGCAGAGGACAGUCCGACUAAGCAUAGCCUGUGCCCCCAGAGAUCUUGCUAUCAGCAUUUUCUGUGAUAAUGUGUCAGAACCUCAUGGGAAUACCUCACAUCUGGAAGUCCAGCGAGGCCAGUCUCUGCGCCUCCUCUGUACUGCUAACAGCCAGCCACCUGCCACGCUGAGCUGGAGCCUGGAGCACAGAGUCCUCUCUUGGUCCAGCCCUGUGGGCUCCAGAACCCUGGCACUGGAGCUGCCCCGGAUGAAAGCUGGGGACUCUGGACGGUACAUCUGCCGAGCAGAGAACAGGCUGGGCUUCCAGCAACAUAGCCUGGACCUCUCUGUGCUGUAUCCCCCAGAGGACCUGAGAGUGACUGUUUCCCAAGCAAACAGAACAGUGUUGGAAAUCCUCAGGAAUGGCACCUCCUUCCCGGUCCUGGAGGGCCAAAGCCUCUGUCUAGUCUGUGUCACCCACAGCAACCCCCCAGCCACUCUGAGCUGGACUGGGGUGGCACAGACUCUGCUCCCAAGCCAGUCUUCAGAGCCUGGGGUGCUGGAGCUGCCUCUGGUCCAGAGGGAACACGAGGGAGAAUUCACCUGUGCUGCACAGAGCCCACUGGGUGCUCAGCGCAUCUCUCUGAGCCUCUCUGUGCACUACCCCCCACAGAUGCCCAGAUCCUCCUGCUCCUGGGAGGCUGAGGGUCUGCACUGCAACUGCUCCUCCAGAGCCUGGCCCGCCCCCACCCUGCACUGGCGGCUGGGGGAGGGGCUGCUGGAGGGGAACAGCAGCAACGUCUCCUUCACGGUCACCUCCAGCUCCACAGGACCCUGGGUCAACAGCUCCCUGAGCCUCCGUGGAGAGCUCUGGCCCAACCUCUGGCUCAGCUGUGAGGCCUGGAACACCCAUGGGACCCAAAGGGCCUCUGUUCUGCUACUGCCUGAUAAAGAAAGUUCCACAGCAUUCUCCAAGGGAGCAGCUUUGGGUUUUGGCAUUACAGUCCUCCUGGCCCUCUGCCUCAUCAUUAUCACUGCGAAGACCCUACAGAAGAAAGAAACCCCAAAGGAAACCUCAAGACCCAAGAUCUCACGGGGCAGCACAAUCCUGGAUUACAUCAAUGUGGUCCCCAGGACCAGGUCCCUGGCUCAGAAUUGGAAGGCCAAACCCAACACCCCUUCCAGGAUCCCGCCCCUAAACACUCACUCCCCUGAAGCAAAGAAGAAACAAAAGGAACCACAUUUCACUUCUCCUCGUUGCCCAAACCCCAAGUCAUCCUCUCAGGCUCCUGUCUCUGAGAAUAACCCUGAAGAACUCCAUUAUGCUGCCCUCAACUUCUCCCGCCUCAGACUGUGGGAGACCCAGAACCCCCAAGACAGCUACCCUGAUUAUGCUGAAGUCAGGUUCCACUGA